AAAAUGGUUGAUGAAAGGAAUUUUAGAAGUCAAUUUUAUGAGAAGGUUGGACUAAGGGAGGUAGAGGAGAAGCGUGCCGUAGAAGCUCUUCUAAAGGAACAACCACUGAAUGAGCGAAAAUUUGCAAAUUUUGCACAGCGGUCCAUAGUUCCUGCUACAAAUCGAACACUGGUCUGGAAGUUUUUGCUUGGCAUCACUCCCCGUUAUGCUGAGUCUCAAGAGUAUGUGGGGCAGCAACAGGCCCUCAUGUUUGAGGAACUUUGGCGUUCUCUUAAAUCUUUGGGUCUUGGAAAUGUUGCCACACUUGCAGAAGAAACAGUCAAUGGACAUGACUGCCAUGGAAAUGCAAGCAACACUAAAUUUGCAUCAGGAAAUAAGCCUUGGUCAGAUAUACCUCUUCCAGAGCAUUACCUCCUGAUGUGGUUGAUGAGUGAAGCCAAACUUCUUUUUGACAUCAGACAGCAGUUACGAACAAAACAAAACCAACACUUCAUAGCCAUUGCAAGAAAGGUGUCUUGUUUCUUUGACACUCCAGUAGAUAUCUACCAUGUCUGUGCCUCCAUCUGGUCACUUCUGCUAAAGAAUGAGCAGGCUAUAUUAGAUGCUGUCCAAGAUGCUAUUGGCAUGUUGCGGAAGGAAAACGACUACCUCCACCUCCAUCUGUUUAAAAUGGGUCUCUUCACCAGCAGUCUCUUAAAACAUCAGUGCUUUAGCCUGUUCUGUGAUAUCUUCCCAGAGACAGCCAUUGAGAAAAUACUGGAUAAAAUCUUUGCUGGUGCGUUUAGAGUCCUGUCAUUCGUGAUUGUAGCAAUGCUCAUCCAUCAGAGACGACCUUUAAUUGCAACUUCAUCUGUGGAAGGUGUACGAAAUGUCAUAAGUAAUAUAAGGAAAGACGAAGCUGAAAUUAUUGUCUCAUCUGCUCUAGACCAUUGGUUAAAAGUAGGGGUGGUGAAGAGAGGGUAAGGCUUAAGAGAGUUUAGCAAGUCAAACUUCCAAGCCGUCUUUUCUCCUUGAAUUGUGGCAGAUGAUUCCUAAAUUUUUGUUGUGUUACAGAAUGAUAUCAAAGUAUAUUUGUUAUGGUUACCAGGCAUUGUUCUUUCUGUAAACAUGCUUAUGGUGUAAUUUUUAAAUAAAUUUCAGAAUUGA